AGCCCUAGCACGCCCUGCACCAAGCACACGAGACCCGCGACAGGUCAGAGACCGGUCUCCGACGGCGGCCGCCUCUCCGGGCUCAUAGGCUCGGCGCACCCACCCACCCAGCGAGCCGUGAGCGAGGCGAGGGAGGCCCCCACUUCGUCCCCCGCCUCGCCUCCCUCUUUAAUCAAGACGGCGCACGCCGGCACGCGGGGGGCGGGCCGAGCGCUUUUGGCCUGGCCGUCUUGCUUGGCAACUACAGUACCAACCGACUGGCCAGGCGGAGGCAGCCCAGUCUCCCGCUGCGGUUCCCCCUCGUGCGCCGUCGUGCCAAGGGGAGUGUGGCACGUACGGUUUGAAGCGCGGCGCGCCAAGCUCGCCGGGCUCCUAGGGUUGGGGAAUGGCUGGGGCGGCGGCGGCGGCAGAUGGCGUAGAGGGGGAGGAGCUGCUCCUGCUCUCGGCCGUGGAGGCUGGCAACGGUGGCGGCGGCGCGCACGCCGCGGCGGAGGAGUCGUGGCGGCUCAACUUCGAGGGGUUCCGCCCGCCGGAGGCACACCAGCAGGAGAGGCCACCGACCGGCGCGCUCCACCACUGCCUCGGCGUCCUAGCUCAAGGUCCUGAGGAUGUUGUUGCCGAGUACUACCAACAACAAGUGGAGAUGCUUGAGGGUUUUAAUGAGAUGGAUACGCUUACAGAUCGUGGUUUCCUUCCUGGAAUGUCCAAGGAAGAACGCGAAAAGGUUGCUAGGAGUGAGACAUUAGCAAUACGGCUGUCUAACUUUGCAAACAUGGUUCUUUUUGCUGCAAAAGUGUAUGCUUCAGUACGGAGUGGCUCACUUGCUAUUAUUGCUUCCACUUUGGAUUCUCUUCUAGACUUACUGUCAGGGUUCAUCUUGUGGUUUACCGCCUUUUCAAUGCAAACUCCAAACCCCUACAGAUACCCUAUCGGUAAAAAGCGUAUGCAGCCACUGGGAAUACUUGUUUUUGCUUCUGUUAUGGCAACUCUUGGCCUUCAGAUCAUUCUAGAAUCAGUACGGUCAUUGGUGUCUGAUGGAGAUGAAUUCAGCUUAACAAGCCAGCAGGAAAAGUGGGUUGUGGACAUCAUGCUCUCGGUGACAUUGGUGAAACUUGCCCUGGUUAUAUAUUGCCGCUCGUUCACAAAUGAAAUCGUCAAGGCAUAUGCACAGGAUCACUUUUUCGAUGUCAUUACCAAUGUAAUUGGUCUAGUUGCUGCACUACUUGCCAAUUAUAUUGAUGGCUGGAUCGACCCAGUUGGUGCAAUCAUUCUUGCAAUCUACACAAUCAGAACAUGGUCUAUGACAGUGCUGGAGAACGUGCACUCCCUGGUGGGGCAGUCGGCCUCGCCGGAGUACCUCCAGAAGCUGACGUACCUGUGCUGGAACCACCACAAGGCCGUGCGGCACAUCGACACGGUGCGCGCCUACACGUUCGGCUCCCACUACUUCGUGGAAGUGGACAUCGUGCUGCCGUCGGACAUGCCGCUCCGGGAGGCGCACGACAUUGGCGAGGCCCUGCAGGAGAAGCUGGAGCGGCUGCCAGAGAUCGAGCGCGCCUUCGUGCACCUCGAUUAUGAGUUCACCCACCGGCCCGAGCACGCUCUGUCCCACGAGAACUAGCUUGCAAGUUUAGAGCAGGGGGAAAUACACGGGUUCGUAGCCGCAGGAAGACCUGGUGCUCGUCUCAUCAGCCGUCGUAGGAAACCAUUGGGGUACAUGCGAUGGGAACAUGAGUGCAUUCUCGAGUGCCCGCAGCGGCGAUGCUCUGGACCCUGGUAGAUUGCAGUGUGAUUUCUAGUACAAGAAUCUCAUGCCAGUGAUCAGUGAUGAGGGCCUCUUUUAUACCGGUCUUCAGCUCUUUUCUUGUGUUAUAUCUGGUUUCCUGAAGACCGACAACUGAGCUGUGUAUUUCUUCUGGAGUAAUGUAUACAGCCUUGAUUUAGUCAAUGCCUUGGGUCAUCCAA